AAAACCACACAUUUGAUUUAAGCAUUCCCUUAGCUUCUCAAGCAGCAAAAGAAUGGAUUCUCUCAAAUCUACCCCAACGAUCUUUUUCUUAUUUGCAUUUGUGACCCUAAACUUUGCGAUUGUGUCCAAAGCGGCCACAUUCGAGGUGAGAAACAAUUGCCAGCAGCCAGUGUGGGCAGCCUCGUCAGCACCGGGCAAGCCGGCCAGUGGGAGGCGUCUAGGCCAGGGCGAGACGUGGACCGUGACGGCUGAUCCAGGCACCACCCAAGGUCGCAUUUGGGGUCGGACCAAUUGUAAUUUCGACGGCUCUGGUCGAGGUAGUUGCGAGACCGGUGACUGCAACGGGGCUCUCGAGUGCACGUCUUAUGGGCAAGCACCCAACACUCUGGCUGAGUACACCAUUGGUGGAUUCGCCAAUCAAGAUUUCAUCGAUAUCUCCGUGAUCGAUGGGUUUAAUCUCCCCAUGGAGUUCAGCUCAAAUUCUCCACAGUGCAGCCGAGUCAUCAGGUGCGUAGGAAAUAUUAUUGGAGAAUGCCCUGCACAGUUAAGGAUGAACAACGCAUGUAAUGGGCCAUGUCCGGUGUUGAAGACAGAAGAGCAUUGUUGCAACUCGGGCAACUGUCAGCCCACCGAUCUCUCUCGGUUCUUCAAACAACGUUGUCCCGAUGCCUACAGCUAUCCCAAGGACGAUCCAACCAGCCUCUUCACGUGCCCUACCGGAACCAAUUACAAAGUCAUUUUCUGCCCAUGAACUUAUAUAUAAAUCAUUAUAAAUACAAUAAUGUGUGAAACAUGUGGUGACUAUAAUAGUGAUUUUGGUCACAUUAUGUGUGUAAUCCUGAAUAAAUAAUGCUCCUCAACGAUGUAGUCACGAGUUCCUAUAUCGUCUAAAUGAAGAAGAAUAUUUUCAGUGUUAAUUA